AUGCUCGCGUUAAGUUACACGUUAUUGUCGGCUUCGUUAAUAUUUUUCGUGACAGCUUAUGAAAAUCCUUUCGCAAAAUGCAGUAUUAAAAAUGAACGAUGCAUGGGAAAGGAAUGGGAAAACGUCUUUUUAACAGUAGGAUCUACCGGCAAUGGAGAAUUAAACAUGGAUCCCAUAGAUCCUAUGUUCUUUAAAAAUUUCGCAGUGGCUAUUGCAGAUGGUGUGACGUUUAAUGUAAAAGAUGGUGCAGUCAAGGGUUUUAAAAAUUGUAAAAUACCUAAAUACCGUAUCAACUUAGAACAGAAACUGGAAUCAAAAAACAUUGUUUGUGAUACAUUGAAGAUUACUGGAAAGUUUGAAUUCGGAGGCACAAAUCCAAUGCUAAUGAGUAUGUUUGGAACGAAUUCUUUAAACGGACAUGGAGAAGUAAAACUUAAAUUUGAGCAAGUUACUAUGAAUCUCAACUUGCCUAUUACUGUGUUGAGAAAAGAAGAUGGUGAGGCUUAUUUCAAAAUCUUAGACGGAACACCGCAGUACACGUUUGACAUACAGAAGGCCGGCUUCGAUAUUAAACAUUUAGUUGUUGGAGGAAAUGACAUUAGUGAAAUUGCGUCGGCGUUCCUGACUAGCAACUGGCGUCCUUUAGUACAAGCCUUUGGACGACCUUUGAUUGACAAAGCGCUGGAAUUUUUAAUAAUAUUUGCAAAUAAAAUUUAUAACAACGUCCCUGUCAAAGAUUUUAUUCUAGAAGAUCUGACGCCAUACGUCUCUAAUUAAGUGACUGAUUAAGAAUCGGUUACAUUCAAAAAAUAGUUCAAAAUUAUAUAAUUCUAUCGUUAUAAUUUUAAACUUUGAUAUUUUUAGAUGUACAGUUUGAAUAAAGUGUAAUUUCGUA